AUGGAAGAAGGCGCGUCUUCUCGUCCGACAGAUACCCCCGAGGGCUCUGCCGGCGGUGAUGAUCACAAUGCCGCCUCGAAUGCCGCGAAGAACCCGGCCUUGAAGGAUCGGAAGUGCCAGUAUUGCCAUCAAGCGUUCACAUCUUCGUCCCUCGGUCGCCAUCUGGAUCAGUUCCUUUUCAAGAAGAAACCAGACGGUAUUCAUGAUGUCGAGGAAAUCCGGCGCAUUCGAAGCGGUAUCACUCGCCGACAGGCCCGUACCUCGUCUGGCAGACGCGAUACUCCCGAGAGAACAACAGGAAAAGGCCAGCAGGACUCCUACACUCCGGGCGAUUCGGGGUCAAAGUCACGCGAUGGCGCGUAUAGGAUGAUGUUCAACACGCCUACGUGGCAUGCGACCGGUGUGAUCAAUGAUAUUCCCAAUCCUAGCCAGUCACAGGAUACUAGCUCGUCUCAUUCGCGCAUUGCGCCCUCGCAAUCACGCACUGGGCCGCUCCCUUUUCCGGAUAGAGGUGGCUCGAACAACCCGGAUACCAUGAGAGCAUUGGAGCUGGCUCUGCGCGAAGUCCUGGAUAAUAUCAAAGCUGCAACGUCCAGAAUGCGUCCCAGACUCUCCCCGUUCGAUUUCGAUAUCCAGGCGCAAACCUUCCCUUCCCUCUGCCUGCAGUUGCUGCCCCCGCCUCCUAGUCUAUUCGCAGCAAGUCCGUUUCCGUCUCCAUCAUCAUUCCCACUCCAGCCCCCGGGAGUGGAGCAUCUGGAUAUUGUCCGGCAAGCGCUUCGUGCUAAGAUCGAUCAAUGGCAGUCAGAUCAGCGCACCGCCGAGUCCAACAACAACUCCCAGUCCGGAAGACCAAGUCUGGGCCUAGAUUCGAGUAUGAUCAGCCGGAGCGCGCAGCAGCACGAAGACCUAAGUCUGCGGCACUUGGAGCUGGCAUUCAAGCAUUGGGCCUCACUGCCGACAGAUGCAAGGAGAGACGCAUGGCAGCUCGAGAUCACGCGCGCAUUCGCAAGGGAAAUGGAAAAACGAAAGUCGCUCGAUGAUCAGCUCGCGCGCGUUCAACAGGAGGCAAACCAACUUCGUGCCCAGGUAGAGAGACUAGGCUCCUGCCAAUGGCCCAGGGAAUUCGCGAUCUUCCCCCCGGACACGCUCCCGCUCCCACGAGACGUCGCCCGAGAACUCGACUCCAAGGAGAGCCAAAUCAGCCCUACGGCCUCUCGCUGGGACUACGACAAUGUGGUCGCGAAAUGGAAACGAGUUGUCAUGCACGACAGAGGCAUGGGCCGCGUCGGCAUCGGAUACGCCAACAGCAUGCAGGAUGAAUAUCGCAGCGCAGAACCCAGACACCCACCCACUACCACCGCACCCGCAACCACCAGCGACGAUCCAACCCGCUCUAGGAUGUUGAACCCCCCGUCGGCACUGAGCCCAGGCCCUUCCCCCUCAAACACUAGUGGUGGACCCUCUGCGCCUCCAAGCCAGCAGACCUCGCCCUAUAUGCACCAACAUGACAGCACCCGGAGUCCUGACGAGGGCCCGCAAGCUAAGCGGCCUCGCCUGAUGAACGGCCACCACAUCGAGAACCCUCCGCACGCUCCUGACGGCGCACCUGCCCCUACUGGCCCUACUCCCUCUACUUCUGCUACCACAACAACGGCUACGAACCAGGGACCCGCUCCCGCUCCUCCCUCCACUACUUCCUGGACCACCACUAGUGCUCAACCAUCGGGUAUACCUUCAAACCCUGCCAACCCUGCAGGUCCCACCCCUCCGCCGUCUUGUUCCGGGUAA